AUGGAUGUCGAAACCCUCAUCAAGAACGCUCCGGUCAAGCUCUCGGACAAGGAUAUCAAGGCUUUACGAGACGGGUCCGAGGAGUCAGAGCCUCAAAGUUGGGAAGAAGUCAAGGGAGCCAUCGCUGCCGGGGAAACGGGACGGCUCAGAAGAUCGCCUCGGGACUUGCGUAACUACAUGUUGUGGCACGCUGAGGUUAGCAAGACGUACGGCUCCGUGGUCCAAUAUGUUCGCCGCGAGAGGCUGCACUGGCCGGAGCCAAUUGUCGCUCGUAACGCCGAGCCGUUUGCGCACGCGGAUGACUGGACGGUGAUCUGGAAUGACUGGCCAUACCAUUUAGCCCAUGGGAUGAUGCACUUGGUCGUAUGGUCCAAGAGCGGAAUAACAGUGGACCCAGAAACGGGGCUGCCAACGGAGCACUCUACCCGACUGGUUGAGAGCUUUCUAGACCGGGUGUUCGGACAGACGCUGGGCUGCCGCAGGGGCGAGGACCUACUGUGGUUCAAGCAGAAGACGGAAUCGCAAAGCGUCAAGGCCCUGGAGCAUAUUCACGUCGUGUUACGAAAUGUUCCUGAAGAACGCGUAGAAAAACUGCUUGGCCGUCAGCGAUCUCAGACACUUCAGGUCCUAGUAGGCAACAGCACAACAAGUACUAAGGCGUAA